AUACGCUCCUUCAGGGGUUCUCUCUGGCACUCUUCCUAAAUCCCUAGAAAGAAACACAGUGAGUCGCUGACGCGCAUUGAGAGCAAUCGAGGUGCAGUAGUAUUUGAAGCAGAUCUGAGAGAAGGGUGGAAGAAAUCGCGUGUUGAAUUGGGUUGUUCAGAUGCGGCAUGUGAGAUGAGGAAGAAAACCUAUUCCUUCCACUUCUCACUCUCACUCUCUCUUUCUCUCUUCGUCGUUGUGCUUUUGCAGUCACUCUGUGCCUCUGAAGGAAUCUCCCACAAUGGGCCUCUCACCGACGCGGAAGCCACCUACAUCAAGCAGCGCCAGCUUCUGUACUACAAGGACGAGUUUGGUGACAGAGGAGAAAAAGUAACCGUAGAUCCCUCUUUCCGCUUCGAGAACGACCGUUUGAGAAACGCUUACAUAGCGUUACAGGCAUGGAAGCAGGCCAUUCUCUCUGAUCCCAAAAACCUCACGCUAAACUGGGUGGGGCCCGAUGUCUGCAACUACACCUACGUCUUCUGCGCUCCGGCACUUGACAACCCUAAGAUCCGCACCGUCGCCGGAAUCGACCUCAACCACGGCGACAUUGCCGGAUAUCUCCCCGAGGAGCUCGGCUUGCUCACUGACCUUGCGCUUCUCCAUAUCAACACCAACCGCUUCUGCGGCACCGUGCCGCACAAGUUCGACAAGCUCAAACUCCUCUUCGAGCUGGAUCUCAGCAACAACCGAUUCGCUGGAAAGUUCCCCGACGUGGUGCUGCGUCUGCCGCAGCUCAAGUUCCUAGAUCUGAGGUUCAACGAAUUCGAAGGCACGGUCCCCAAGGAGCUCUUCGACAAGGACCUCGACGCCAUUUUCAUCAACGACAACCGCUUCGUGUUCGACCUGCCGGAUAACUUUGGCAACUCGCCGGUGUCCGUGAUCGUGCUGGCCAACAACCGCUUCCAUGGCUGCGUGCCGGCUGGAAUCGGCAACAUGAAGGGGUUGAACGAGAUUAUUCUGAUGAACAACGCUUUCAGGUCGUGCUUCCCCGCGGAGAUAGGAUUGUUGAAGAACUUGACGGUGUUCGAUGUGAGCUUCAACCAGUUGUUAGGUCCUUUGCCUGACGCCAUCGGAGGUGCCGUGAGUUUGGAGCAGCUCAAUGUGGCUCAUAAUUUACUCUCUGGGAAGAUUCCCGAGAGCAUUUGCAAGCUUCCCAAUCUCCAGAACUUUACUUUCUCUUACAACUUCUUCACCGGCGAGCCGCCCCGGUGUCUCGCUUUGCCGGCGGCUGACGACCGCCGCAACUGCCUACCGGCCAGGCCCUUCCAGCGCUCCGCAGGACAAUGCAAGUCGUUUUUGUCACACCCUGUCGAUUGCAAGUCUUUUAGGUGUAAGCCUUUUGUUCCUACCUUGCCUCCUCCUCCUCCACCAUCACCACCAUUGCCGUCACCGCCACCGUCGCCUGUUUAUGUCCCCCGUUCCCCUCCGCCCCCACCACCGGUGUACUCGCCACCACCACCACCUCCAGUGUAUUCGCCUCCUCCACCACCUCCAGUGUAUUCGCCUCCACCGCCGCCGCCACCGCCUCCACCUCCGCCACCUUCACCACCUCCGCCUUCACCGCCCCCGCCAGUCUAUUCUCCACCUCCGCCCCCACCUUCACCGCCACCACCAUCACCACCUCCGCCAUCCCCUCCACCGCCAGUCUAUUCGCCACCUCCUCCUCCCCCAUCCCCGCCACCACCAGUCUAUUCGCCACCUCCUCCUCCCCCAUCCCCGCCACCACCAGUCUAUUCGCCACCUCCUCCUCCACCUUCACCGCCGCCACCUUCCCCGCCACCGCCCUCACCGGUUUAUUGUGUAAGGUCUCCGCCACCACCUUCACCACCUCCGCCAUCACCUCCACCUCCACCAAGUCCUGUAUUCUCCCCACCACCACCUGUUCAAUACUACUACAGUCCACCACCGCCACCACAACACUCGCCUCCCCCGCCCCCACCACACUCACCACCGCCACCACAUUCACCGCCGCCUCCAGUUUAUCCCUAUCUGUCACCGCCCCCACCUCCUCCUGUUCACUCUCCACCUCCACCGGUCCAUUCACCACCACCACCAUCUCCUCCACCAUGUAUAGAACCGCCACCACCACCUCCCCCCUGUAUAGAACCGCCUCCACCUCCGCCAUCACCACCGCCUUGUGAAGAGCAUUCGCCACCACCACCAUCACCACAUCCUGCACCUUACCUGCCACCGCCAUCGCCAUCACCACCACCUCCUCCAGUUCAAUACAGUUCUCCUCCACCACCAUCGUCGCCACCUGUUUAUUAUUACAACUCACCGCCGCCCCCACCUCCUUCGUCUCCACCACCAGCCCCUGUAUAUGAAGGGCCUUUGCCACCCGUCAUAGGAGUCUCAUAUGCAUCUCCUCCUCCACCUCCCUUUUAUUGAUUCUUUUGAGAACUUUUCUCCUCUAACCCUUUGCCCUCUACCCUAGCAAUGAAAAAAACCAUUCAAGUUCAGUUCAUACUUUUGUUAUUAUUGGUGGCUAUUUCUGCUGUGCCCUCCUCUUCCUGUGCCAGCCAUGUCAAGUAAGUACGCGACUCUCGUCGCGAAAAAUAAAACCUGAGAGAACCAGAAGGGUUUGUGUAAGGCUGCAUGUGAUGUUUGUUCUAGUAUAGGAAAACAGAGAGGAGAUCACAGUGGAUUGCGGUAGGAGGAGAAAGUCUCUCUCCAUAUUGAUUUGAAUUGUUAUGGAUAUUCGAGUUGUGAAAUAAAAAUGGCAGAGAAAGAGUAGGUUGCAGAGAAAAUGUGUAUGUAUAGGGAUGAGUUUGGAGACCAUAAUUCAGGGUUGUAUUGCAUAGAGAGUAGCAGCACUUUCUGCUACUGCUGCUGCUUCUGCAGGUUUGUGGAGUUUAUUGUUAUUGUCUCUCUUAUAUCAUACUUUUUUUUAUUUAAUUUUUUGUUUCUUUUGUUUUGCAAUUGAUAGUAUAAUUUAAGAACAUUUACAUGUAUUGAUUUUCUGAAUUGAGGUAAUUCCUUUCUCGUA